AUGAAGCUCCUCUACCCGACGUCACUGCACCUGAACGUGCAAGACCUCGAGGGCUUCUCGGUGUCGCUGCACCCGUACGACGUCAAGAAGGAGAUCCCCGAGGACCUACUCGACGCCGAGGUGCUGGUGACGUGGUCGAACGCGGCGACGAACCUCCAGCACGCGGCGCGGCACAUGAAGUCGCUGAAAUGGAUCCAGUCGCUGGCGGCGGGGCCCAACGACGUGCUCGCGGCGGGCUUCGACCCGGCCAAGGUGACCAUCACGACGGGGUCGGGACUGCACGACCGCACCGUGGCCGAGCACACGCUGGGCCUGUUGCUGGUGGCGGCGCGCAAGUUCCACGAGAUGCGCGACUACCAGAUGCGCAACCCGCCCGAGUGGCCGGGGCACCUGGGCGGGCCGCAGCCGGACCGGCCCAAGGGGGCGUUCACGACGCUGCGCGACGCCAACGUGCUGGUGUGGGGGUUCGGCAACAUCGCAAAGACACUCACGCCCAUGCUGCGCCUGCUGGGCGCCAACGUGCGCGGGGUGGCGCGUCGGGCGGGUGUGCGUGACGGCGUCGAGGUCCACGGCGAGGACGCGCUGCCGGAGCUGCUGCGCGAGACCGACGCCCUGGUCAUGAUCCUGCCGGGGAGCGCCAGCACGCGCCACGCCCUCAACGCCGACCGCCUCGCCCUACUGCCCAACCACGCCUGGGUCGUCAACGUCGGCCGCGGCACCUCGGUCGACGAGGACGCCCUGUUCACCGCCCUCUCCGACAAGACUAUCGGCGGUGCCGCCCUCGACGUCUUCGAGACCGAGCCCCUCCCCCAGAGCAGCAAGCUGUGGCACGCCCCAAACUGCGUCGUCAGCCCCCACGCCGCGGGCGGCAGACCCCAGGACGCCGAGAAGUUGAUCGCCGCCAACCUGCGCCGCUUCCUGGCUGGCCAACAAUUGCAGAACGUUAUUUGA